AUGUAUACAAAUCCAAAGUUAAUACUUACUUUCUGGAUAGCCAUGCAAUUGGUCAGCAGAACAACUACCAUGGUCGAGUUUACAAAUAUAAGGUGCGAGGCAGUGGAUAAGGAAUAUUGCACUUUUGAAUAUUGCCAAAUAAAAUCGGUCAACCGGACAUACAAGUACCUUUCCGUUAAAGCCAAAAUCCUGCAGUUACCGAUAACCAAUGCCAAGGUAAAUGGUGCACUGUACCAACGACUCAAUGGAUACAAGCCCUUUCUGUACAAUAUAACAUUGGAUUGUUGCAAGUUCGUCAAGAAUCAGAAGUCCAAUCCCGUUGCUAGUUUCUUUUACGACACCUUUAAAGAAUUUUCCAACCUAAAUCAUUCAUGUCCAUUCAAUCAUGAUAUAGUACUGGAUAAACUAACUGCAGAGUCUAUAAAUCACCGUGUGACUAGAAUUCUACCUUUUCCGGAGGGGCAGUAUAUGCUCCAACUAAACUUUAAUGUUUCUGGCAUCAACCGAGUUAUAUUAAAAAUUUAUUUAGCACUCUCAUAA